UUUAGGUACAUCGGCUAGGUACAUCGGCCGAAAUGGGUUUCAUAUAAAAAUUAACACCACCUGUACUUUACUUUAAAGGAGACAAUGACGUAUUUUCUAAAUUUCUUCUGUAUUUUUGUGGUGGCAAAUGUAAUCUGUGCUGACGACUUUUAUUUUGGAACAUUUCCUAGUGAUUUUGAAUGGGGCUUAAGUGCGUCAGUUUAUAAAACUGGAGCGAAUGGAAAUUACAGUGCAAACGAGAGACUGCAAGACGAUAUAAAAGGCCUACAGGAGCUUGGGGUUAAAACAUUCAGAUUUACCCCAGACUGGAAGCGGCUUUCCCCAGGCGCCACGGGCACAAAUUUACACGGUGAUACUGUUCAGUUCUAUAGCUUACUGAUCGAAGAGUUGCAGAGACAUGGAAUAGAACCACACAUCACAUUGUUUGAUGCCGACAUUCCAGAGAAAAUUCAGGCGGAUGGAGGAUGGAUCAAUGAUAACAGAGCAUGUGAUUUAGGCAAAACAGUUUUCAGUCUAUAUGGAGACAAGGUAUUGACAGAUACUUGGUCGUUAAUUUUAGAAAUUUGCUUCAAGGUGUACGCUAGAAUUCCCUGUAUAUGA